AUGGACGAUACAGACACCAUGCAGAUAGGAAAAGAUAGUGAAGACAACCAAUGGUUGAUUGUGAUAAAAGUAGCUGUUAAUCGGCUCUGCCAGUGUUUUGCUGAUUGUCGGCUCAUCUCUAAUUUGUGUCAUGCCCUCUUCUCCUCAUCCAAAUUAUAAGGCCUGGUUCUCUGAGACUAUGUGUGUAGUAUGCCCUAAUAAUUAUGCAAAUGGUCAUGGUUGGACUGGUUGGGCCCAGUGUGUUGUGUACUAGGUUGUAUUUUUUAGUGGACCUAGGCAUGACAUACUUGCAGGCUCAUGUGUUGUACUCUACCCUACAUGAUAUGUUGAAUUGUUAGAUGUAUAUUAUGUUGGAAUAAGUUUCUUGUAGUCUUUUAGUUGCUGUUCAAUUCUUGUUGACCUCAUUUGUUAGAGGAGGUGCAGGUUUUCCUUGACAUCCUGGCCUGUUUCGUAAUUUAUACAGCAUAGAUAGGCGUGCUAUACUGUAGUUCGCCUAAUUUCUAGUGUCUUCCAUUUUAAAGCUGAACGCAUUUUGGUUACAUUGUCUUUGCGAGUGAAGCGAUUUAGGUCCUCUGAUGGUCAACCAUCUCACAAGGUAGUGUAGAAGUGUAGUGCAACGCUGCUUCAUACGUUUUGACAUUCUGUGAAAAAGGCAUGGAAUAUGCCAAAGGAAAAUAGGUAAAUGUGAGACGCGAAUUCAUAUCGUGUUCGAGAAAGCACUUACUUACUGCAAGCAAGCACUUACUUACUGCUAAUUCUCCGAAUUAUCUCACAGAAAUGUUUAAUUUCUGUUCAAACGGAACGUACAACUUGAGAAGUAACUUUUGCCAACUUUCCCUUGAGAAACCUAACACAAAUUUUCUCAAAAAAAGUUUCUCAUAUAGAGCGGCAAAAUCUUGGAACAAUCUCCCGGAUAACAUUAGACAAAACGUCGACAAUAUACACUAAAUGUUACUAAAUCUAUGCUCAUCAAUCACUACAGAACCGAUUAAGUCCCCUUGGGUUAAUCAGUAAUAUCAGUAGUUUUUUACUAUAAUUAGAAUAAUUAGUUGUUUAAUGUAUUAGUAUAUAUUAUAGUGUGAAUCUGACCAGUAUGUAGGCUUCACUAUUUUGUAUUAUAGAAUUAGGUUAAUAUAUGUUGUAUAGUGUGCACGGCCCAUUGAAAAUCAGCGUAGCAUGCUGAAUGGCUAUACCGUGCUUAAAGAAUUUUAAAGAUUAAAGAAAUCAUUUUAUAGUUGUAAGAAUUAACAUGAUUUUUUAUUACCUAGCCAAUAACGAUAAUUUCAAGUAGAAUUGAAACACUGCACGUUUUCCACGUAAACUGGAUAUACACUGUAACUCGUUUCUAAUCCCUAUGGAGCAGCUGCUGAUACAAAAGACGAAUCCUGUUGCGCAAAAUCGCUUUCAUUUCAUUUAAAAACUUAGUUUGUAUUGUAUGUAAUUGGUGUUAUUCAGUUGAUUUCGUAAAAAUAAGUGUAAUCAAAAAUUAUUGUAAAAUAUUUUCAGGAGAACGUAGUUCAUUUAAAUAAAGAAGAUGAUCUUUUGGAAGCCAAAUCACCUGCAUGGGUUGAUGAAGAUGAUUCUAAUGUCAGGUAGAGUAUUCUAUAAUUAUACUGUAAGUCAAGUAUAUAAAUUGAUUUGAUUAAUAUAUCAGUUUAUCAGUCGAGUACGAUGAUGAAACGUCUUUUACCUGUGAAAUUAAAUUGAAUUACAAACUUGAGCACUUUGAUUAAUCGUGGUUUGUUUUAAUGGUGCAAUUUCUUUGGUAUGUUUUUUGUUCAUGAAUUAUAUGAUUGAGUUUGAGAAGAACCAGCUAGUGUGAAUGUGUCUUGUAGCAGGAUUGUUUCUAUCAUUCUUUCUAUACAGCGCUUUCAUUACUAUGUUUUAGAAAAAUUCUUCUGUCUUACACAGAACAAACCGCGAGUAUAUAGCACUACAUUAAAUACCUCCAUUUUCUUUCAUUUUAGGGUUGAUGUAACUUCAGAAAACCGUUUGAAAAAAUUCAGAGAUGGGGGUGACGACACUAUUUCUGGUGAUGCAUUAAAGAAGAAAUUAGAAACACAGUGAGUGUAUCAAAACGUUGUCAGUGAUAGAUUUAAUCAACGAUGUAUUUUAACUGGCUUCAUAUGUUUAGAUUCAAGAAAAUCUAUGGUGUCCCAGCAUGGGCAAGUGAAACAUUGAGGAGCGCUAAACAAUCAGGUUUGUCAUUUGAACAGAAUUCCUUGUAGGUUUGCAUGCGAUCAGCUGUCAAAGUUGCCAAAAAAUGGUCUUUAUAGUUCGAAUUUGACAAAAAAAUGUGCAAAAGAUGAAAAUAUAGUUAUACAUGACAUGCAUGUGCAUGUAUUUGUUUUAAUCUGUCUGUAUGACGUCUAGCGAAAAUUGUUAAAUGAUUAGAAGCGCUUAUGUUUUAUUUCUAGACGAAGAGGAAGACCAGGAGGACAAUGAAAUUCUUCAGCGUGCAGGAAGUUUUAUUUCCAAGAAAAUUGGCCAUCUUCCCAAAGGAAUAAUUGAUAUUGGUAACAUGAAGGAUGCGAAUUGUUCAAAACCUUUUGAUGUUAGUGAAGUAUUUUUUACCUGUAUAGCUAAAGAUUAG